CAUACUGCGUAGAUCGGAACAAAAAUUAAUAAUUUUUAAUCUGGAGGUAGCCGUGGUUAACUAUGACAUUGGGACGUCAUACAAUCUAUUGAUAUGUUAGCAAAUAUUUUAUCAACCCUUUUUGAGAGCCCGAUAAGUGUACGUUACGAUCAUAAGCCUCUUUAAAAAUUUGUUUUGGAGUUUUAUCGAUUUAAAAUCUAUAUUCUAUCAUAAUAUAUAAUUCUAAAAGUAUUAAGUAAUAAUGGCGGAAUCAUAUCUAGCAUGGGAUUUAUCAGUGCUAGAACACAGGCGUGUUAUGGUUAUGCGGCGGCAAAUCGCACGAAACCGGCGCGAAAGUGAAAAUCCUUUGGAUUUAGAGGAUAGUGAAUUCUUGUACCUUUACAGAGUUACAAAAGAUAUGUUUAGCGAGCUCGUAGGUGCACUUAGGCCAUCUCUUCAAAAACAACGGCCGUACGGACUUUCUGUAGAGUCCCAAGUGAGUGUCAUCAUGUAAAUGCCUAUAUACCUUUAAAAACUAACUCUUUUUCGUUUGUAUUAACUCUUAGUUUCAUUUUCUUCUAAAUAGCUACUGACGGCACUUCGAUUUUAUGCAAGUGGGUGCUAUCAGCUACCUGUUGGCUUACAGUGGGGUUGCAGCAUGAGCCAAAAAUCGGUUAGCCGAGUAGUACAUGCUGUAACCGAAGCUAUUAAUGAAAAAUUAUUGAGAAAAUAUAUAAAAUUCCCUAUGACCCCUGAAGGGCGGCGAGCAGCUAAAGCAAAAUUUAGGAAUGCCCCACAGCCAUUUCCGGAUGCGAUAGGAGCCAUAGACUGCACACACAUAAAAUUCUAGCUCCAAAGUUGCAUGAAGAGGCAUAUGUGAGCGGUCACCAUGAGGGACAUUCAUUAAAUGUACAAGUUGUAAGUUUAAUCUUCAGUAGUUAUUGUUUACCUAUUUAUUUGCUAGUUAAGUUUCAGGAGCGGUGCUGAAGCUUUUUAAAACAACUAAAUAUGUCUCCAUGAAAUUUACACUACAAUAAUGUAUUAUUGUAACAUAAUAGCUAUAUAUUUCAGUGCAAAACUGAUUUCCUUAACUAAGUGAUAACAUUACUAUGAUGAGAGUUGUAAUUAUAAUAAAUCUUAUUCUAAAUCCAAGGGCUUUUAUAGGAUGGUUAAAACAAGUCUGUUGACUGAAAAUAUGACACCUUGGUUUAACCAGCAAUAACAAUUAAUUAUAGUGGAGUCAGUGUCUUCUGUAAUGUUAUACUUCAUAACAUGUUUCAGUAAUCCAAUAUCAAAAGCUUAAUCAGCACAGUUCACAGUCAAAAAUGUUAUUGUAAAAUUAUGGCUACUAGCAAUUAUCAUGUUUAUGAGUAAUCUAAUAUCAAAAUCUAAGUGAGAACAAUUUGGGAUCAACAGGUUUUAAGGCUAUUUAUAGACUGCAUAACUUGCUUUGAAAACAUGAACAAAGUAUCUUCCCCUUAUUAUUGAUAGUAAAAAUAGUCUUAUUAGAUACAUUUUACUCAGCAGUUUAGGUGAAAAAGUUUAAAUUAUACUAAUUAGUCUUAAGGGCUUAAAUUGUAAUUUUAUUGCACCUAGUUACACUCUGGAACAUCAUCAUCAUCAAUAAUAAAUAAAUCUAUUUACUUAUUUAUUAGCACAAAUAGGUACACCCCUAAUUAAAAGUAUAUUUUAAAUUAUUUUAGGUGUGUGACCCAGACCUGUUAAUUUUGAACAUCAAUGCUAAAUGGCCAGGAGCCAGACACGAUGCUCACAUAUGGGCAAAUUCACCUGUACGCUCAAUCAUGAAGCGACAUUUUGACAAUGGGGAUCGCCGUACAUGGUUACUUGGUGAUGAUGGAUAUCCUCUGGAGCCAUGGUUGAUGACCCCAAUAAAAAAUCAACACCUUGGGACGCCGGAGCGUAGAUACACAGAUGCUCAUGGUUCAGCCAGAAACAUCAUAGAAAGAUGCUUUGGUGUGCUAAAGUCUGUUUUUAGGUGUCUGUCUCAUCAACGCCAGUUAAUGUAUGAGCCAUACACUGCUGGCCUAAUAGUAAAUGCAUGUGCAGUACUACACAACAUGCGUAUUAAAUAUAGAUUGCUGGAACCAUAUGUCACCACAUCCACAGAAAUCAUUGUCUAUAGCUAUAAUGAUGAUGGCUUGGAAGAUACAGGUAAUAAUGUUGUUUAGGUAAUAUUAGAUUAGACUUUGUUGUCUUAAUCUAAUAUUACCUUUGUUAAUCUUAAAAUUGCAUGUUUCUAUUACAGGACGAGUAACUGGCACUGGGCGAGCUAUUGCAGAGCGAAUACAAAGAAGAUUAAUAAAUAAUACCUUUACUUAAUUAUCUGUAGUAUUAUGCUAUGUUUGAAUAAUCUUAAAAUUGUGUUUUUAUUACAGGAAGAGUAACUGGCACUGGGCGAGCCAUUGCAGAGCGAAUACAAAGAAGAUUAAUAAAUACUACUUUUACUUAAUUAUCUAUAGUAUUAUGCUAUGUUUGAAUAAUCUUAAAAUUGUGUUUUUAUUACAGGAAGAGUAACUGGCACUGGGCGAGCUAUUGCAGAGCAAAUACAAAGAAGACUCAUAAAUACUAAUUUUACUUAAUUAUCUAGUAUUAUGUUAUAUUAGUUAUAAUGUUAUCAUAGUAAUGAUGUGUAUAGUAAAUGUUUCAUAUUAAUUGUACAAAGUAAUAUACUGUAAAUUGAUUUUAU